CGACACUGCACGACGCCCGCUGCAACUCGCAGUGCCGUACAACCCUCCGACACUUCUCGAAUAACCGGUCGCGCUCGAACGUUUUCACGAUGGUUGUGACCAAAGUCGGCCAAUGGAGCAAUGUGGAGGACGAAGUGCUGAAGGCCGCUAUCUCCAAAUAUGGCCUCAACCAGUGGGCGCGAUGCGCGUCGCUUCUUGCGAAGAAGACCGCCAAGCAGUGCAAGGCGCGAUGGAACGAGUGGUUAGAUCCGUCCAUCAAGAAGACUGAGUGGUCGAGGGAGGAUGAUGAGAAGCUUUUGACUAUGGCGAAACUACUUCCUACACAGUGGCGCACCAUAGCACCCAUCGUCGGCAGGACAGCAACCCAGUGUCUUGAACGGUAUCAGAAACUGCUGGAUGAGCAAGAAGCCAGGGAGAGUGGAGACUUGGGCCUGGCGGGCCCCGAGGGUGGAGAGACGGCUGCCCCUACCGCUGAGGAUGUGCGACGGCUACGCCCUGGCGAGGUUGACGCUUACGCCGAAAGUCGACCUGCCCGACCCGAUGCGAUUGAUAUGGAUGAGGAGGACAAGGAGAUGCUGUCGGAAGCACGUGCGCGAUUAGCAAACGUGAGCGGAAAGAAGGCCAAACGGAAGGCCCGUGAGAGGCAGUUGGAGGAGUCAAGGAGGCUCGCGCUGCUUCAGAAACGUCGAGAGCUGAAGGCUGCAGGCAUCAAUAUCAAAAUCACGCCGAAGAAGGGUAACCACAUCGACUACAACGCUGACGUACCUCUCGAAAAGGAGGUCCCUGCAGGCUUCUACGACACCACCGAGGAACUUGAGCGAAACGAGCGUCAGCGCGAAGCCUUCGACCCGCGAAAACAGCAACUUGCGAACAAGCGCAAAGCAGAACAGCAGGACGAGCAAGGGGACAACAAACGUAAGAAGAAUGAUAAUAAGCAAGGUCUUGCGGCGUCACAUGCGAAGGCUGCCCAGGCGCAGAGGAUCCGGGAGGCUGAGCAAAGCAGCAAGCGACGUGCUCUUGCUCUUCCGGCACCUCAGGUUGGAGAUGCUGAGCUGGAAGAUAUUAUCAAGAUGGGCAUGACUGGAGAGCGAGCAAUCACUGGCAUCAGCGGCAGUGACAAUAUCGCCACUCAAGGCUUGGUGGGCAACUACUCUGGCCUUGUUGGGAACACUCCGAUUCGCACACCGAUGGCUCCCAAAGAGGAGGAUGUCAUUGCGAAUGAAGUCCGAAAUGCGCGAUUGCGGACUGAGACACAGUCUGCUCUCCUGGGAGGAGACAAUCCAGACCUCGUCGAAGAUACCGCGUCCCCCGCCUUGCCUAGCUCUGGCCCUCGACACCAGAUCAUCACUCCCAACCCGUUGGCGACCCCUUUCCGGCAAACCAACGGCGGAGUUGGCGCGACCCCCAUACGUCAAGGGCCUGGAGCCACUCCGAUGCGGACCCCCAGAGAUACCCUUCACUUGAACCAAGAAGGCACCAUGCAGCUUGUUGGACAGACGCCACGAGACAUUAGACUACGCGAAAAUGCGAAGAGGCAAGGCCUGAAGAGCAAGCUUGCAGCGCUUCCUAAGCCUAAGGAGACUAGUUGGGAGUUCGAGCUUCCGGAAGAGCGGACAGACACAAUGGAAGUAGAGAUGAGCGAAGAGGAUGCAGCCGAGCGCGACCGGCGGAAGAAGGAAAUGCAGGCGGCUGCCGAGCGUGCAGAGUUCGCUCGGCAGUCCCAGGUCGUCCAGAAAUUCCUCCCAAGGCCAUCAAUGGUCGAUAUCGACGCCAUGCUGAAGAGGGCUCUCGCCAUAUCUGAUCCAAUCCAGCGCGAAAUUGAAAAGGAAAUGGCGCUGCUGGUCGCCAAUGAUGUGCAAAAAUUUGGAGGGGGCCGAGUGUCUGGAACAUUGAAGCCCCUCGAGAGGCUCAACGAGGAGGCGCUCAACGCUGCGAAGCUGGAGCUGGCCCUUGAGCUGUCCAUGAACACGGAGAAGGAUAAGAAGACUUUCCAUGAAGAGUUCGGGACGGCAUGGACUAAUCUGCAUGGCUCAUCAAAAUUGCCAGGCCUCGAUGGCUAUGAGGAAGACGAGAUCGAUGAGCACCAGCUUAUGAUGGAAGCGUUCAACAACAUCCAGGACAAGAUCAUUGAGACGGCGGAGCAGGCAAACAAAAUCGAGAAGAAGCUCACGGUGCAUCACGCUGGUUACAUGAAGCGGUCUGGUCUGCUGCGGCAGAAGAUCCACGACGCGUCUAGUGCGCUGGAGAAGGCCAAGAUGGACCUGGACUCAACAAGGACGAUGCAGUACUCGGAGCAGUCCGCUAUCGGUUGGCGGCUGGAGAGUCUGCGGGACGAGGUCUCCUUUGUUAGCCGACGAGAGAGGGAGGCUCAGGAACUCUACCGGACGCGGAAAGAUGAGCUGGAUAACCUUCAGGAGCCUGUCAAUGGCGUCCGCUGAAUUGCUGAGUAGGCUUCUUGAAGUGUAUGUUCUUGUCUGUAGGGUAUUUUUCUAAAUUGGGGCUUUGGUUAGGUUAUGCAUGGUCAGGCGUUUACUAUGGCCGGCCUCUAUAACGGCAGUCUAAUAGACGCCCAAGAAAUUCGGCAGCACAGCUGCGGUCUGCAGCUAAAACUGUGUAUAACGAAAUAUAGCCGGAUGUUAAGCGCUG